CUUUAAAAUUAAUAUUGGGCCUAGCGAUGAACCGGGCCAACGCCCAUUAAACAUAUCCGAUAAUAGUUUAAACCCGGAGAGACUCAAAGUAGAGAAAACCCUAAUUGUAUAUAAACUAAAAAUACUUCCUUAAUUCUUCACUUCUUCAUCGCCGUCUGCACAAAACCCUAAUCUCACAAUCUCCUACGAGAUCUAUCAGUCUCCACGAAGAUGAAGGUUGUUGCCGCAUACUUGCUCGCUGUUUUGAGCGGAAAAGCUUCACCAACCAGUGCCGAUAUCAAGACUAUCCUUGGAUCAGUUGGUGCUGAGACAGAGGAUUCUCAGAUUGAGCUUUUGUUGAAGGAAGUGAAAGGAAAAGAUUUGGCUGAGUUGAUUGCUGCUGGAAGGGAGAAGUUAGCUUCAGUGCCGUCUGGUGGCGGAGGUGGUGUUGCGGUUGCUUCUGCUACAUCUGGAGGUGGAGGAGGUGGUGGUGCUUCUGCUGCUGAGUCCAAGAAAGAAGAGAAGAAGGAAGAAAAGGAAGAAUCCGAUGAUGACAUGGGUUUCAGUCUAUUCGAGUAAGCUGGUAGUAGCAUGAAAAGUCCGGUUUUGUUGUCCUCUUUUAAUAUUGUAACCUUUUGAAAUCUAUAUGUUGUUGUUGUUUAGUUUGUAUUCGAUCAUCUUUUUUAGACAUUGCUGAAAUUCUCAAGAGUUUUUGACCCGAAUGUCAUUUGCACUUUGUUGUUAGCAUUUCUGCUUCUAUCUCAAUCGCCUUUGUCACUCUGGAGUUUUUAGUAGCCAACAAAAGCAUUGGUCCUAGUCAUGGUCUUAAAUCUUGACUCGAAUGGUGAUGAGAUACCUCUAGCCUUGACUUUGCUAAUGAU